AUGUACGAUUGCACAAGCGUUAGCAACAAGGAUGCAAGCAAGGAGAUUGAUUUGGAGGCGGGAAAUGGAGAGACUUUGUACCCGGGUUUGAGUCUUGGAGAGAACCGAUUACGAUGGGGCUUGAUUCGCAAAGGUUAUGGCAUCUUGGCUGCUCGGCUUGUCCUCACCACGAUCGUCUCCGCUGUUACGGUUCUUUAUACUCCCAUGACCGAUCUCCUCGAGGCGGUUUUGGGUUCGUUUUGCUUCUAUCAAUUUUGCCCUUUAUUUAAACACCCCGUGAAUCCGAUCAUUCUUGGCCUCUUCAUGGUUUCGUCGAGCCUCUUGGUUGGAGCAAGCUAUGCUAAUAUAGAAGUUUAUGGUGGAAUUAGUGCUUUGAUUUUCUGUGGAUAUAUUGUUUAUGACACCGACCACUCGAUUAAGCGCUUCUCUUAUGAUGAGUAUAUUUUGGCCUCUGUUGCUCUCUAUUUGGACAUUCCGAACCUCUUUCUUUCCAUUCUGCAUGUGCUCGAGUCGGAGAAACAAUUAGUUGUACGAGCAUACUCUCUUCGACCGGAGUUAGCAUGCAAUUAUAUCUUUGAUAAUACUCGAUAA